GUCAGUCCUACUGCGACCGUUCUCGGACUCUUCUUCCUUCGGCAGUGUUAGCCAGUACCAGUCGAUUUUAUUCGACUCCCAUCAGCAAGGAAGGUUUCGAGGACGAUUUAGACAUCAUCAACCAACACACAGACAGCGAUGCCACGCUCAAAACGCAGGCUUCAUUCGAGGUCCGGGUCCAGGGCGUCUGUCGGCGGCCGGUACGAGGAGAAGCGUAUGAAGCAUACAGAAUCCGGGGACUGCUAUAAGAGUGCGCGGAUAUCAAACACAAGCUCGUCCCGUAGAAAACGGAAGCGCUCGGAAGAGUCUCACCACCAGCGCAGUGUCGGGUCCACCGGUGGCGGCCACAGGAAGAACAGAUAUCGGGAAGAGAAACCGUCGCGGCGCCACGAACAGCAGCAGCCACAGCCACAUCGGACGUCCCGGAAAGACCGCGAGCGGGAGCGAGAGCGCGAGCGGGAACGCGAUCGAGAGCGGGAACGAGAGCGCGAGCGGGAACGCGACCGGGAAAGGGAGCGAGAGCGAGAGCGCGAUCGGGAGCGCGAGCAGCGAGAGCACCGGCCGGAAGUGACGAAACGGCACAGCCCCAUCAAGAACGACUCCCACGGGCAUUUGAUAUACCAACCUGGUGAUGUAGUACAUAAUAGAUACAAACUGUUAUCUACCCUAGGUGAAGGUACGUUCGGGCGCGUCGUGAAGGCGAAGGACGUGGAGAAGGAGCACACGAUCGCGCUGAAGAUCAUACGCAAUGUGGACAAGUAUCGCAAGACGGCCAAGCUGGAGAUCAAUGUGCUGGAGGAGAUCAUUGCCAAAGAUCCGGCCGGCCGGCACCUGUGCAUCCUGAUGCUGGACUGGUUCGACUACCACGGGCACAUCUGCAUCGCGUUCGAGAUGCUCGGCCAGAGCGUGUACGACUUCAUGAAAGACAAUAAGUACCAGCCAUUCCCGAUGGAGCAGGUCCGGCACAUGUCCUACCAGCUGUGCUUUGCGGUCAACUUUCUGCACAGCAUCAAGCUCACGCACACGGACCUGAAGCCGGAGAACAUACUGUUCGUAAACUCCGAGUACAACACGGUCGUCAGCAGGACGACGCGGAAGAACCGCGAGCUGCGCCACGUCAACUGUAGCGACAUUCGGUUGAUCGAUUUCGGCAACGCCAUCUUCGAUCACGAGUACCACAGCACGAUCGUCUCGACGCGGCACUACCGGGCGCCGGAGGUGAUACUCGAGCUGGGCUGGGCGCAGCCGUGCGACGUGUGGUCGAUCGGUUGCAUCAUCUACGAACUGUACCUGGGCAUAACGCUGUUCCAAACGCACGACAACCGGGAACACCUCGCCAUGAUGGAGCGCAUACUCGGCCCGAUACCGUACCACAUGGCGAAGAAAACGCCGACCCGAUACUUCCCGCACGGCAAGCUCGACUGGGACGAGAAAACGUCCGAGGCGCGGUACGUGCUGCAGAACUGCAAGCCGCUGAUGCGCAGCGCCAUGUCCGAUGCGCCAGAGCACAUGCAGAUGUUUGAUCUGAUCGCGAAGAUGCUCGAGUACGAUCCGAAGGAUCGCAUCACGCUGCUGGAGGCGCUCGACCAUCCGUUCUUCGCGAAGCCCCCGCACCAGCGACUGCAUCGAUAUGGCAGCGAUAAAAGUAUGUCCUCUUCUUCUUCUGUGCCGCCGAGCAGUUCGCGCGAGUUCUCGCACAGUCUGUCGCGAUGAAAUGAGCAUGCGCUGCUACUGUUGCCGCCGCUGCUGCUGCUGCUGCUGUUGCUAGCGGUGGAAGAUAUGAUAAUAUUAGAAAUUCUGAUUCGCACACGCAUGUACACUGACCUAACUAUCAUGACCAUUAGGUGUAAAUCGACUCUCCUAGCUUGCAACCACCAACCCAUAAAAGCUAUUAAUUAAAAAAAACACACAUACGAUCUUUAAUCGAAA